AUGCGUCUGCUGAAUGUCAAAACACGCAAGAUGGAGAGCUUUAUCAGCAACAUUCCACCUUACGCAAUCCUGUCACACCGAUGGGCCGAGAAGGAGCUCACCUAUGAGGAUGUUACUCAUAAGCGGUUCUACCGCCGCCGCAGGAGGUGGGGUCACAAAAUCGAAGGCUUCCGGGCCCAAGCCAAGAAGGACGGACUGGCGUACAUGUGGAUCGAUACAUGCUGCAUCGACAAGGCGAACUCUGCCGAGCUUUCGGAGUCCAUAAACUGCAUGUACCAGUGGUACCAGAGCGCCUACCGGUGCUAUGCUUAUAUAUCCGACGUCCGCCAGCUUGGUGAUGGCCAUGGGCAAGUCACAGACGACGUCGAGACGCAGCUCAGGCGAAGCGUCUGGUUCUCCAGAGGCUGGACCCUCCAGGAACUUAUAGCUCCGUCCAGAGUGAGCUUCUUUGAUGCGGAUUGGCGCUUCAUCGGCACGAGGACGGAUUUGUCGUCCGUGAUCCAAAGCGCGACGGGCAUCACCAAGAGCUUCCUCCUCGGUAGAGCGCAGCCAAGCCAGGCCAGCGCGGCCCAGCGCAUGUCGUGGGCCGCGAAGCGCGUCACGACACGCGAGGAGGACAUGGCGUACUGUCUGCUGGGACUCUUUGGCGUCUCGAUGCCGAUGCUCUACGGGGAGGGCGCCGAGAAGGCCUUCCUCCGUCUGCAGGAGCACAUCACCUUAUUGACUUCGGACGACACGAUCCUCGCGUGGGGGCUUGGGCCCGAUCCCGCCAGCAUCCCCGGCGGCAUACUGGCCACCUCACCUACGCAGUUUGCCGGGAGCGAGCACGUCGUAGUGACCAGCAAGCUGAAGCCAAGGAGGUUCGAAAAGGUGGUAAACACGCUGCAAAUGACGGUUUCGGUCUUGGAGCGGGGUGGGACCGCAAUGUAUGCGCUCCUGGACUGUGCGCUCGAGAACGACGAAGACUGCCUGCUGGCGAUUCCCCUCGAACGAACCGACUCCAGCGACACGUUUGUUCGACCACGAGGGGCGGGAGUGGCCAUAAUAGACCCUAGAAACGAGUCUGUUGACAGCCCGAGGACGAUUCGGGUAAGGAUAGAUCGCCCAUCCCCAUCAGCCCCAUCCUUGGACCUGAGCAGCUGCAUCGACGUUGCCGAAAUCCCGUUCGGCCUGCAGCUGGUCGACGUCCACCCCAGGGAGUGCUGGGCCAAGACGCGGGCCAUGGUUGUUCCGGCUCGCGGCCUAGACAUCGUCAUCCUCAGAGUCCGUCCACCUCGGCGCUCCAAAGCCGACUUUGUGGUGGUCCUGAAAGCCCACUCGGCGCUGAAGGGGCACAGCGAGCGCGAGGCCCACAUCAUGACGCUUUCGAAAGACCAUGCCGAUUCCGGCCCCAACUCGCUGCAAAACCUCGCCGCAAAGCUCGAGGUCCUCGGGCCGAAGCUUUACGGCAAGACCACGGCCAGAAUAGGCAACUGCGGGCUGCGGGCCACGGUGCAAAAGGGGGAGAUGAAGGCGUUGGGGGAUCUCGGGUUCCUCCUCGAGCUCGAAUUGCAGGAUGGGGAACAGCUCAAGUCGAUCAAAACAGCGGACGCGUCGGCAGAACUUGCCAAGCCAUCAUCAGUGCGCAGAGCUUCCCGCUGGAGAGCCCUGAAGAAACAGCGUGGGAGCACGGAAGGGUGCCCAGCCCAGGCUUGUCGUAGUGGGACAUCUCCUGUCCCCACGCGGGAAUGA